AUGCAUGUGGUUCCGCCUCCUACGCAGCGCACCGAUCCGUUAUCCGGAUCCACAAAUGGGUCUGAUGAUCACCGAAUUUACCAGACUUGGAAAGGAAGCAAUAAAUUUUUUCUUCAGGGAAGGUUUAUAUUUGGGCCGGAUGUGAGGUCGCUAGCACUCAGUAUUUUCCUAAUUGUAGCUCCUGUCGCUGUCUUUUGUGUAUUUGUUGCUAGAAAGCUGGUCGAUGAUUUUUCGCAUCACUGGGGAUUAUCAAUAAUGGUUAUUGCAAUUGUUUUCACGUUUUAUGAUUUAAUUCUGCUCCUGCUAACUUCUGGAAGAGAUCCGGGUAUAAUUCCUCGUAAUUCACACCCCCCAGAACCAGAAGGCUAUGAAGGGAAUGCAGAAGGUGCACAAACCCCCCAGUUACGCUUGCCUCGCAUUAAGGAAGUUGACGUUAAUGGGAUUACUGUGAAGAUUAAGUAUUGCGACACCUGCAUGCUUUACAGACCUCCCCGCUGCUCCCACUGUUCCAUAUGCAAUAACUGUGUUGAGCGAUUUGAUCAUCACUGCCCUUGGGUUGGUCAAUGCAUUGGACUGUAUCAAGGUACUACUGAGGAGGUCUUAGAUGUAUUUGGUCGCUGGAUGUCUUAUUUUUAA